CAACAAAAGGCCGGAGCAUGAGUGGCCGGACGGAAAAGGAUUACGACAGUGCGACGCCAGCGUUGCAGCAACAAAUGAACCUCGCCCGCCGCGCCUGCUGGAGCAGCUGCACAAGCACAGCAGCUCCUACCACACCCACUCCCACUCCCACUCCCGCUCGCAGCGCCGACUCCAAUUCCAAUUCCAGUUAUCGCCUUGGUGCUAUAAAAACUCAAUUGCGCGAGAGAACCGCUUGCCAGGCAGUGAAUCGAAUGGCUCGAAAUCAAAGCGUGCACCACUUGGCUGCACCGCCAGCAGUCGCACCACCGUGUGAGCAGCCAUCAGCAGCCACAAAAAUGUGUAAAUACCGUGACAGCGGCAGCUGGCAGCGGCAACUGUUGCUCCUGUUAUGCGGCAUUUGUUUGCUCUUGGGCGGCAUCGAGGCGCGUCCCAAUAUGAGUGCAGCCAGCAGCUCCAGUUCCAGUUCCAGUUCCAGCUCCAGCUCCAGCUCCACAAUUAAGCCGGCGGAUGCUAUCCCACAGCUAAACCUGGCACAGACGACAACGGCGUCGUCCUCGUUGGCUGCGUCAACUGCGCUGCCGCCACCUCUGCCGCUGCCCCAUGCCGCACACCUGAAAUCUGACGCUCACGGCGAGAAGGACCUGUUCGAUGUGUCGCUCGACGAUGAGGAGGAGGCGGGUCAUCAUCAUAUGGAACGCUAUCCGCUCUCCCAAGUGGAUUUUGCACGGGUCAAGACGCCGUUCAUAAUUGGCAUUUGGAUACUGUCAGCGAGCAUAGCCAAAAUCGGUUUCCACAUGACACCCAAGUUGCAUCUGAUAUUUCCGGAAUCCUGCCUGCUGAUUGUCGUGGGCGUGGUCAUUGGCGUUGUGCUCUACUUUUGCACGGAUGUUGCCGUCUCCCCACUCACGCCGAACACGUUCUUCUUCUACAUGCUGCCGCCGAUAAUUCUGGAUGCGGGCUACUUUAUGCCGAAUCGCAUGUUCUUCGACAACCUGGGCACCAUCCUGCUAAUGGCCGUCGUCGGCACCAUCUUCAAUGUGGCCACAAUUGGUGGCUCGCUUUAUGCGUGUGGCGUGAUGGGCAUCUUUGGCGAUGAGAUGCCCAAGCUAUUGGAUGUCUUUCUGUUUGCGUCGCUUAUUUCCGCCGUGGAUCCGGUGGCCGUCCUUGCCGUCUUCGAGGAAAUACACGUCAACGAGAUCCUCUACAUUGUUGUCUUCGGCGAGUCCCUGCUAAACGAUGCCGUCACGGUCGUCAUGUACCACAUGAUGGAGGCCUAUAACGAAAUUGGAUUGCCGCACAUAAUGGCACAGGACAUUGCCAGCGGCGUUGGCUCCUUUUUCGUUGUGGCUCUGGGAGGCACUGCCAUAGGCAUCAUUUGGGGCUUCCUAACCGGUCUGGUUACACGAUUUACGGAUCAUGUGCGUGUCAUAGAGCCCAUAUUUAUAUUUGUUAUGGCCUAUCUGGCGUAUCUAAAUGCGGAAAUCUUUCAUAUGAGCGGCAUACUUGCCAUUACCUUCUGUGGCAUUACAAUGAAAAACUAUGUGGAAUCGAAUAUCUCUCAGAAAUCGCACACGACCGUUAAAUAUGCCCUGAAAAUGUUAUCCAGCUCGGCGGAAACAAUUAUCUUCAUGUUCCUAGGCGUGGCGACAGUCAAUAACAUGCACGUGUGGAAUACGUGGUUUGUGGUGCUAACCAUUACCUUCUGCUCCGUUUUUCGUGUUAUCGGUGUGAUUAUAUUGUCGGCCAUUGCCAAUCGUUUUCGACUGCACAAAUUGUCGCGGGUGGAUCAGUUCGUCAUGUCGUAUGGCGGUCUACGUGGCGCUGUUGCCUUUGCUCUCGUGCUGCUCGUCGACGAGAAGGUGGUCAAGCAUAAGAACAUGUUUGUGACCACAACCAUAGCUGUGAUCUACUUUACGGUGUUUCUGCAAGGCAUCACCAUAAAGCCCCUCGUCAAGAUACUGAAUGUGAAGCGAGCCAACAAACGCAAGCCCUCCAUGAAUGAGCGCAUACACGAACGAUUCAUGGACCACUUGAUGGCUGGCAUUGAGGAUAUUGUGGGCAAGACAGGCAAUUACAAUGUGCGCGAUAAGUUCAAGCGUUUCGACAAUCGCUUCAUACGCCCACUGCUGAUCAGAGACCUGAAGGGCGCUGAACCAAAGAUUAUUGAGACAUACUCCAAGCUGACCAUGCGCGAUGCCAUGGAGGUGAUGCGUCGCAAUCCCUCAACCAUUGGCCAGAUGACGGGCACCGAGUCGAUGAGUGCUUUGUUUAGGAAUUAUACCAAUAAUUAUAUUGGGGGCAGGUGGGCACCGCCAACCAUAUACACCACCUGUCCAAGCUUGACAAAUCUGGAUAACUCGUGUUCCCACAACCUGGACAUGGCUGAACUGGACUAUAAUCCAUCGAAAAAGGAUUUGACUGAUGCCAAGAUACAUCACUUGCUCGCCGAAGAACUUAAGCCCUAUCGAAGGGCUUCCAUACAAAUGCACCGUCGUCUUAGUUAUAGCCGACACGCAGUAGAUGACAGAGAUUUGUCCACACAGGUCAAUUAUAAAAUGCAAAUGAAUUUCCGUCGCAUGUUCAACGAUCGCAAACAUCACAAGCGCAGCAAACGAGGCGCCAGCAAUAAGGAGACCAAGGAGAAUGUUAAACAGAAUCACGUCUCCUUCCAUGAUUUCCAGCAGAACGGCACCGCGAAGCAGCUCUCCAAUGACUAUAUUAACGAUGUGCUUAAUGAAACAGCCGAGGAUUGCCAACAGAAUCCGAAUGAGAUCAAUGUCAUUGGACCCAGCGACGAUUGGGACGAUGGUCUAACAUUCACAGCAAAAUCAUCACCUGACUCGGAUCGCGCCAAUAAUAACUCUCUGAUAGCGCAUAUACAAAACCUGCCCGGUUUUGAUGCAUCUAAAGCGCGCAUCGUUCAGCACUAUGCGCCCAAACUUGAGGACGGUCCUCAGCCAGAACUAGACUCGCCCGAUCCCCCAGUUGGACCCACAGCGGCCGAACUGAUCCUGCCCUGGCGACGGGAUCGUUCAUACCAGAGCAUUGUGGCGGAGCAUCCAAUACCCGAAGAGGACCGCAAUUUAUCGCGCGACUCGGAUGGCGAACGUCGCGUAGCCACGCCCACAGCCACAGAGUCGCAGCUGCCGUGGAAACGCCAGGGCGAUGAAAGCACAGACGCAGUGCAGCAAAAUGAAUUUCCCGCCUGGGCCUCAAACAAGGAGUAUUUGGCAUACAAUUCGCCCAGCGCCACCUUUCUAGGUGGUAUAAACAAGCCUAAACAGCCCAAGUCCGUCAUAGGUCUGUUCCGUCGCGAAAGUUCCAGCUCGAAGGCCGGCAGCCUGGGCCUGGGCAGCAACAGCAGUGGUGCGGUGGAUGCAGCCACAGCCAGUCAGGAUCUAAUGGCUGUGCCCAAUGCAGGCAACGCCAUGAAUCCCAAUGCCUCGACGUCCAUGCACAAUCCACGGCUGGACAACCGCUCACAGUCCAUCUCCUCGAGCACGUUGGGCGCUCACCUGGUGGGGCCGGACGGUCAUACCGGACCCUUUCCGGUCACGGCCAGCCACCGCCGGAACGUGCGACGUGGCUCCAUGCUGGAGCUUAGCGGACUUAUAGCAACUGGACGCAGACCCAGUAGAAUUUUGCUCUGUAGUCCUGGCGCUAAUAACUUACUAGACAACACAACAACAACAACAACAACUACAAGAACAACAGCCACAACAACAACAACAACAGCAGCAACAGCUAUCAAUAUCAAACCAAUAAUAAUAACAACUCCAACUACAACAACAACAAGUACUACUACAACAACAGCCUCAGUCAGCAAUAGCAAUUCAGCAAAUCAAACAGCCGGAAAUUACAAUUCUCCGAGCAACUCGUCAACAACCAACUACAGCUCACCCACAUCGGAGAGCAGCGGCGCUACGUACUAUUCAAAUGAUACAAUACCCGAGGAAUCCACCUAUCAGCACGGCCACUCCAAAUCGCUCUGCGAACCCGCGGAUGGGGAUGAUUGGGACGCGAUGCCGCUUACUAAUACCGGUGCCUCCGUCUCCGCCUCCACGGCGGGCGAGAGAGUAAAGAAUUCGGGUCGUGAGCCCUUGCUACCCCGUUUAGCAUCAACACCACGUGCCCAGAUCCGACACAUGAACGCCGGCGCUGUGGGCGGUUCUGCUGUGGGCGUACCGGGCUGCAAGAAUCAAGUGACCACCGCGUUGCUGGACUACGAGGACACCGACACCGACACCGAGGACGAUGACGAUGACGAGGGCGAGGAUUUCGAUUUAUAUGACGAUGAGAAUAUUGUGGUCACCACAUUCACAACCCCACUCACGCCACGCCUACACGAGCUGGGCAGACGCGGUGGUGGUGGAGCAUCAGGCGGUGGUCCAACCACCAGCACCACCACCACGAGCAUUCGCCUGACGCGCAACAACGAUGAAAGCAUCAUUUGAGUGUCGAGCAGCGCAGAUGCAGUUGCUCCAGCUAGCUGGACAGCUCGUGCUCGAUCCAGAUUUAGUCCUUUCCAAUACGAAAUGUUCUACUGAGAUCAGCAACGAUUAAACCACAACGUAGCUAUAUACAUAUAGUUCGUUCUAUAU